CAGGGGAGGUUUGAUGUGUCUUUGCAUUCUCUUCCAAGACUGGGUAAAUUAAGACAGGUCACCUGUGGUAAAGACGCAGCAAGCAGGCUGUUUAAGCUGCGGGGCGGCCUUCGUGGCCGGGAUGCCACUGUGUGCCAUGCCAGUCCACCGUGGACGGUGAGGGGCCAGAGGAAGGAAGCGAGUGCCGCAGACUGAUAGCAGUCAGCCCCCACCAAACAGGAGAGAUGAAUCUCUGCUGGAAUGAGAUCAAACGCAAGUCCCAUAACAUUCGGGCCCGGCUCGAAGCUUUCUCUGACAACAGCGGGAAGCUGCAGCUCUCCCUGCAGGAGAUCAUAGAAUGGCUGACAGCCAAGGAUGAGGAGCUAUCGGAGCAGCUGCCCAUAGGAGGUGACGUGGGGGCCGUCCAGCACCAGAGAGAGUUCCAUCAGGCAUUUAUGGAGGAUGUCAAAUCUCGUGGGCCCUUCAUCUACUCGGUUUUGGAGUCUGCCCAGGCGUUUCUGGCUCAGCACCCCUUCCAGGAGCCUGAGGAGACCCUGACCGACGGAAAAGAAGUGUCUCCACGGCGGCGGAUUUUGAAUGUGAGCCGAUCUGUGUGGAAGCAGGCGAAUGUGGCCAGCGACUUGUGGGAAAAACUAACAGCUCGCUGUGUGGACCGCCACAGGCACAUGGAGAGAACACUGGAGCACCUCUUGCAGAUCCAGGCAGCCAUGGAGGAGCUUGCAGGGGCCCUAGAGCAGGCAGAGGGUGUGAGAGAUGCCUGGGAGCCUGUUGGUGACCUCUUUAUAGACUCUCUGCAGGACCACAUUGAUGCCACCAAGUUAUUUAAGGAGGAACUCUCGCAGGUGAAGGAGGGCAUGAAGCAGGUCAAUGAGUUAGCCCACCAACUGGCAAUCUCGGAUGUCCAUUUGUCUAUGGAAAAUGCUCGUGCUCUGGAGCAUCUCAACAGCAGGUGGAAAGUGCUUCAGGGCUCCAUAGAGGAGCGGCUGAAGCAGCUCCAGGAUGCACACAGAGACUUUGGCCCCGGAUCGCAGCACUUCCUCUCCAGUUCAGUGCAGAUACCAUGGGAGCGUGCCAUCUCCCCAAACAAAGUGCCCUACUACAUUAACCAUCAGGCCCAGACGACAUGCUGGGACCAUCCAAAGAUGACAGAGCUGUACCAAGCACUGGCGGAUCUGAACAACAUCAAGUUCUCUGCAUACAGAACAGCUAUGAAGCUUCGCCGGGUUCAGAAGGCUUUAAGAUUGGAUUUGGUGGCGCUGAGCAGCCUGGUGGACGUGUUUCGGGAGCAGGAGCUGCAUCAGGGGGAGCACGUGAUGGAUGUUGUGGAGGUGAUUCAUGGCCUGACUGCCAUCUACGAGAGGUUGGAGGAGCAGAGGUCCAUUCUGGUCAACAUUCCUCUCUGCGUUGAUAUGUGCCUCAACUGGCUGCUCAAUGUUUAUGAUAGUCCUCGGAACGGCAAAAUGCGAGUUCUCAGCUUCAAGAUGGGACUGGUGAGCUUGUGCAAUGCAGACGUCCAAGAGAAGUACAAAUACUUGUUCCGCCAGGUGUCUGGUCCUGGAGGAGUGACAGACCAGCGUCACCUCAGCCUGCUGCUACACGAAGCCAUCCAGAUACCCCGUCAGCUCGGGGAAGUCGCAGCUUUCGGUGGCAGCAAUGUGGAGCCUAGCGUUCGAAGCUGCUUUCGCAUGGCCCCUGGGAAACCUGCCAUUGAAGUGUCUCAUUUCCUGGAAUGGAUGAGCCUGGAGCCUCAGUCAAUGGUUUGGCUGCCUGUCCUCCACCGUGUAGCUGCUGCAGAGUCCACUAAGCAUCAGGCCAAAUGCUAUGUCUGCAAACAAUGCCCCAUAAAAGGCUUCAGGUAUCGCAGUCUGAAGCAGUUCAAUGUGGACAUCUGCCAGACGUGUUUUCUAACUGGCCGCACAAGCAAGGGCAAGAAGCUGCACUAUCCCAUCAUGGAGUACUACACCCCAACUACUUCUGGAGAGAAGAUGAGGGACUUUGCCAAGACCCUGAAGAACAAGUUCAGGUCGAAGCAGUACUUUACAAAGCACCCGCAGAGAGGUUACUUGCCAGUGCAAUCGGUACUGGAAGCUGAGAGCUCAGAGACCCCCUGCUCCUCACCUAGGCUACCCCAUGCUGACACACACAGCAGGAUUGAACAUUACGCCAGCAGAUUGGCAGAAAUGGAGAAUCAAAAUUGUUCGUUUUUCACAGAUAGCCUGUCUCCAGAUGAGAGCCUGGAUGAAGAUCAGUACCUCCUGCGUCACUCCAGCCCAGCCUUGGACCAUGAUUCACCCUGCGGGCAGCAUAUGCUGUUGGCUCACCUGGAGCAUCAGGACAAGGAGCAGCUCCAAUGCACCCUGGCCCGUCUGGAAAACGAGAACAGGGUGCUGCAGAGUGAGUACAGGCGACUCAAGUGGAAGCACGAAGAGGCAGCAGCACUUCCCAUGCUAACUGAAGCUGGUGAGGGAGGCCCAGGAUCACCGACAGAAGGAGGAGCGCAGGAUGAAGAGCUGCUGGCCGAGGCACGGGUCCUGCGGCAACACAAAACACGCCUGGAGACUAGGAUGCAGAUCCUCGAGGACCACAACAAACAGCUGGAGUCCCAGCUGCGCAGGCUCAGGGAGCUUCUGCUACAGCCCAAAGAUGAUUCAGAGGCAAACGGAUCAGAGCUGUCGACCCUGUCCUCGCCAGUGUCAGGAGGGGGUCACCAGGGGGAGCCCCACAGCAGGGAGACCACCGACACAGAGGCAGCAGGAGACAGUCUGGAGCGUGAGCAGGACACAGUGCUGCAGCUUCAGGAGGUCAUUGAACAGCUGAGAAACGUCUUCCCCUCGGAACCGGGCACCACAUCACACAUCUAACCCUAUGAGUGCCCUAAAGAAUUAGAAUGAUGGCCUGGAACGAGGCAUGAGGUCAGACGUCGAGACGUCAAACCCUACAACUGCCGCAGCUGCAACAUUGAGAACUAACCCUCGUCUGAAGCGCUGUGCACUAAAAGCCUUUCUCUUGCAAACUGCCGAAGGCUGACGCUGAUGCCCUUUUUGGCCAGGCUGAGCUUUGUAGGUUAAGUGACAGCAUGUUAAGGAGCAAAGAGGAAUACAUUGUUAGCAGAAGGUGAGGUGGGGAAAAAAAAACCUUAACGUCCAACCAAGACACUGUGCUUACCAGUAAUUGUGUAGUCGUUUAAAGGUGUGAAGCUUUAUAUCAGUUCAGAGCACAAAAUCCAGAUGAAGAACUUCAAAAAUACAGAACUGAAUAAGAAGGGAUUCACUUGUGUUUUUUUACGUUUGAAUGUGAUAUUUGGGAUUUUUUUUAAGACAUUGUACGUAGGGUCUGCUUGCUGAUUUUAUAUCAUUUGAUAUAAGAGAUGCAAAUUGGAGCUGAGAACUCUCAGAAGAGCGCUUUUGUUUGUUUGUUUCCUUUAUGAGAAUGGUGCAUCUUCAGAUAAAUCCCUGAUCUAUUAAAGACUGCCCAAAGUGCCCGCUAGCACAGCGCCUCUGUUUGCACACACUGCGCUUCACUUCUAGCUCUGCUUGUCACUCUCCUAAGUGAGCCCCUCACACGUAUGCUGCUAUACAAACACCCUAUUCAGAUUCCACCUGCAUUCUGGUUAAAUACACAAAGAGCCCAUUGCAAAACUAAUAACAUGCUGUGCAAAAACAUGCACCCCAUAUACUCUUUCAUAGACCUGAGAGAUUGAUUUAUUUUUCCUCCAAUGAAUUCAGCAAAUUACAAGCCAAUUUGUAUUGUUCCUGGAAUUCUGUGUUAUUGAGGAAGCAUAUGCUGAUAUGUAUCACCAUGCGUCCCCCCCUCCCCGGGAUCUUAUUGUUUUCAUGCUGUGAGAAGAGAAAUUGACAGGAGCUCAAAGCUGAUGCCCUCCCCCUCUCCGCUAGGCCAAUUUAAAAAACAACAGGGGUCUAUACACUGUAAGGCUCACCACCAUAAUGCACUCUUUUAGCAUCAUUAUCCAUGACGAUCUUUUCACUCAAUGCAGUUUUAAAAUACUUAUAUAGAUUUGUAUGUGUUUUUUCUCUUUGAUAGCACAUAUUUACAUAUAUAAGGGAUAUGUGAAGAAUAACUUCAUUAUUUACACGUCUUAUAAGAAUAUUCAUAUACCUGGAACCAAUGUUGUAACAAAAAGAAACAAAACAUGUGCUUUAUUGGGAUUUUAUGUGGCAGAAGAACAUAAUAUAUUCCAUGAUAUUUAAUGGAAAAAUCUAUAGUAUUCAGGCUCUUUUACAUGCAAGGAAAUGGAAAAUGAUUAUGCACACAUUACGCAUACAUUAUCAGUGACUUUUAUUCCAAUACUUCCAAAAGGAAUCCAGUAAAUGUAAUGGCCUUCAGAGAUUAAAGGUGUAAUGGAGGAUUUUCACAAUUUUUUAAAAAGAUCCGCCCUCUCUAUUUAAAAAAAAAAAACUGCACA